GUUGAGGAGUGGUGGGAGUGGAGGCCAUAUUAUUUAGAUGCAUUCGCCCAGACACAGUAAUGAAGAACUUUGAAACCGGUUGUCUUUAUCUGCUCAUUCUUUUAAAUCUUUUCACCAGGGGUUUCGCAGGGGUUUCGCAUAUCGUCAGAAGGUACUCUGUUCCUGAGGACCACUUCCUGUUUCUGUGCUGCGACAGUGAUCCAGACAACCCCAAUAUGGAGUGGAGGAACGGGGCAGGCCAGGUCAUUGCCUCCAAAAAGGGAGCUGCCGUGUCCUAUCUCAACCAGAAUAAGUACCACAUAUCAGACGGAUACCUGCAGAUUAAGGACCUGGAGCGGGCCGAUGCUGGGGAGUAUUACUGUAAUGGUCACUUGGAGGCAGAGGUAGAGGUGCUGACAGGUCAAACCUUUUACAUAUCUGAAGGACGGACCCUGUUGAUCCCCUGUGAAAGUGACAAAAAGCAGGUUUGGUCCUUCAGGAAAGAGAGGAGCCCCAGGCGUGUGAACAUCUUCACCGUCUUCAGGAACGGAACAAUAAUCAGAAUGAGGGAUGACCCACAAGGACGGUUUGUCCCAUAUCAUAAGGCUCUUGAGAUAGUCCGUCUGGAGCUAGAGGAUUCUGGGAAGUACAUGUGUAACAGCAACGUGGUUGCCAGGCUUACAGUGAUUAAGGCUCACAAGGAUCAGAUACAUCAAACCAUAACUGCAGUAACAGAUACAAUUGUUACAGAUUCACCAGAAAUAACAGGUCCUAUAUUGAAUAAAGUGGCUGUUAUUGCCGUUGUCGGACUAUGUGUGCUGGUGUCAUCAGUUUUUCUGGUGUCCCUAAUUUUGUGCCAGAGAAAGAUGUCGAAGAAAAGAAAGAACAAAAAGAAUGUCAGAAUUACAGGGACAGGAUAUCAUCAUGAAGAAACUGAGCUGCAACCGCAGGGCCUGUGCAUUAGAGGUUCACCAAAGAUUCACGGUGAUGUUGGCCAGAGCCUUUCAGCUGAGCAGGACCAUGAGGUCCACUAUGCAUCACUGGGGCGACAGAACUGGCUGGAAAGAGGGCGAAUGCAGGAUAAGGGUCACCAGGUCAUCUAUUCCACUGUUGCCGUGGCAUAGCCAACU